UAAGACGGCAAAAGCUAGGGCUCACAGCUGCUUUCGUUAAAAUGGCCACAAGAAUAAUUUACUUCACGGUGAAUGGGAGACCAGAAAAAGCAGAGUUUCUUCCUGACUGCCCGGCUCAGGAUGUCAAAGAUCUGUUCCGAGUGGCAGCUGAAGCUGGCCCCCAUGACAUUCUGAAAUUGUACAACACCAAUGGCAGCAUCAUCAAUAUCUCCCCCCAUCUGGAGCCCAACAACCCCCAUGCCUGCUACAAACUAGAGGUGGUGGCUGCAGACUGUAACAGAAAGCCUUUGGGUGAAGAACUUACAGUUGCUUUAGGGUUUGAUCUUUCUUCCAUGGAAAAAAGAUUACAGAGCCUGGAGAAGAAGAUCUUGUUUGAGUCUGGGGAGACGCCGACUGUUGUUUAUGAGAUGAAAACUCAGGUGGAGAUGUUCCGUGAGAAACUUGAGUCUGUCGAACACCUAAGUUGGCUGGGGCUCUUCAAGGAACUGUCAGAGGGGAAAUGCAAGCCAUCCCCUUUCUACCAUAAGAGGACGCUGCGUAAGAACCGCGAGGAGUGUGAGCGUGUGCGGGACAAAUUUCUCCAGAUGAGCACUCUAGAAGUCACAGACGAGGUGAGACAAUAUCUCAAAACCCCCACCUUUGACAACUGGCAGUGGGAGGACACUGAGAUCAUGGUGCUGCUCCAGGUGAUGUACACAGACCUGGACUUCAUAUCCACCUUCAACAUCGAAGUGGAGGUCCUCCAGCAGUUCCUGUACGAGGUCUACCGGCGCUACAACAACAUCCCCUUCCACAACUUCAAGCACUGCUUCUGUGUGACCCAGAUGAUGUAUGGACUCAUCUGGCUCACAGACCUGAGGACUAAAAUGGAAAGCAUUGACCUCCUGAUCAUGUUAACCUCAGCAGUCUGUCAUGACUUGGACCAUACUGGCUACAACAAUGCCUACCAGAUUAAUGCACGUACAGAGCUUGCCUUGCGUUACAAUGACAUCUCUCCCCUGGAGAACCACCACUGUGCUGUGGCCUUUGAGAUCCUAGAAAAGAAAGAAAGCAAUAUUUUCAGAAACCUGACAACUGAGCAGUAUAAAAGGAUAAGAGAAGGCAUGAUAAAGUGCAUCCUUGCUACAGACAUGACAAGGCACAAUGAGAUCCUGAAUAAAUUCAAAUCCAUUUUGUCCUCAUUUGAUUUUGGCAACAAGGACCACAAGGAUGUGCUGAUGAUGAUCAUGAUCAAAGUGAGUGACAUCUCCAAUGAGGCGCGGCCCAUGGAUGUGGCUGAGCCCUGGCUGGACUGUCUGCUGCAGGAGUUCUUCAAUCAGAGUGACAUGGAGAAGCUGGAGGGCCUACCUGUCACCCCGUUCAUGGACCGGGACAAGGUGACCAAGCCCUCUUCCCAGACUGGCUUCAUUCGCUUCGUCCUCUUCCCCCUGUUCAUUGAGCUGGCCAACCUGUUCCCUUGUCUGGAGCAACACAUCAUUGAUCCCGUGCGCAAGGCCCUAGACUACUACACUGAGAUGGAGAAAGCCCUGGACAAGGAGAAACAGACCUGAGGCCAAAGCACCACCAUGGGCAACAGAGGUGCACCGUGGGAACCCAAUACCCA